AUGAGUUCGAAUCAGCAAACGCGCCAAACUCUAAGCUGGUGUAAAUGUGGACAUUGCACGUUAUCACCAAAACUAAUUGAAUGUUUUUGUUGUCAUGAGAAAGCAUUAGAGUACGAUGAAUAUGAUGCGCUUCUCAACCAAACUGAAAUACAAGGAGAAAAAUGCUUGACAACACACCCAGAUUUUAAAGACAACAUGCCAUCAGAAAAUGUGCUAAAAAUAGAUGUUUGUCGUUAUCUCAAGGAAAACUGGCCAUUGGAUGAUGAGGAUCUGGAAAGAAUACAUAAGCUCUAUCGACUGGUAGCAUACCACCGAUGUUCUCGCUGGGUUUUCCAGAUUUGGGGGAAAAAGAAACGAAGACCUUUCCCUGCUUGUAUGUAUUCAAAGAUACGAGAACAGUUCGCGUCGCCAGACGGCCUGUACACACAUUUUAAAUAUGCCAAAACAUCUAAACG